AUGUUAUCUGAUGCUUAUAGGUAUCAAUCGGUUAAAAAUGGAUCAAUGCUGUUUGAUGUCAAAGCUUCAGCCAACGGGCCUAUAGUCAACGAAAUCCGUCUUUCUGCUAAUGAAUAUUUACAUAUAAGCAUUAAACUUUAUAAGGAUCUAAAUUUUCUUGAAACUGAAUGGCUCGUUGGACCUAUAAAUGUUACUGAUAAUAUUAGUAAAGAAAUAAUUGUGCAAUAUAAUACAGACUUGUUUAACAACGCUGAGUUCUUCACAGACUCCAAUGGUAGACAAAUGUUAAAACGCAUAUUGUUUCAACGACCUACGUGGAAUUUCACAAUUAUCGACCCAAUAGCCAGUAAUUAUUAUCCAGUUACAAACAGGAUUCAUAUAAAUGAUAGAAGAUAUAGGUUUACUGUCCUAACUGAUAGAGCACAAGGUGGUUCGUCAUUAAGAAAUGGACAAAUAGAACUGAUGCUACACAGAAGGUUGUUAAAAUUGGCCAAUACGGAUUUGUUGGAGCCAAUAAACGAAAUCUCUCAAGGACGAGGCCUCGUUGUGAGAGGUAAACAUAGAUUAUUAUUUAGCGAUGGUAAUAACAAGAAAAAUUCGAUAAGAGAAAAGAAACAAGUCAUAGAAUUUCACUUACAACCAAUAAUCUUGAUUAGUGAAUCAUCACAAAUACCUUUAGAAAAAUGGUUAAAACUAACCCAUAAGGAUGUUUCUUUUACUAACACGUUGCCAGAAGGUAUACACUUGUUAACUGUGGAACCAUUUGGGGAUAAUAAAAUAUUAUUAAGGCUGGAAAAUUAUUUGGAUGUUGGUGAUAAGAAGCAUGAUGCUAUAGACGUAAAUUUAGCGACCAUUUUCAAAACUAUAACAGUUACAAGUUACAAAGAGACCAAACUGGCUGGCAAUAUGUGGAAAACUGAUUAUAAAAAACAUCACUGGAGGCAUGAGGCAGCAUUUUCGACGAAUUUCAAUGAUGAUUAUGGACGUUAUGGUGACUUGAAAGCGGCUAAAGAAGGUGGAAGAGGUAAAGACGUGAUUGAUGAAGAUUUUGUAAUUAAUUUGAGAGCGAAAGAGAUUAGGAGUUUUAUUGUUGAAUACGAACAUUUGUAG